UGUUGCCGGGCGCUGUGUUCGAUCAGGAUGUGGUGGUGGGUUUUUGUGUGAAAUUAAUGCAAAAUUAAUUAAAAUCAAAAUUCAAGUGAAAUACGCGCGUAGAAGUCAGGUGCGUUGCAUAAUAUUUCUGUGUGUGCUUUAUAUCUCUGCGUUAGAUUACAUAGGGCCUUGACAUCUGAGGAGUCUGCCGGUGCCCGUCCCCCUCCACCCCCCACCGGCCGGCCGCCAUGUCCAUGGAGAGUGGGUCGGCCUCUCUGCUGGCCGACCUGUCCGCCGGCGGCGACGACCUGAUGCCGGCCGUCCGGCAGUCGCGCGGCUUCAUCGAGCCGGAGCAGGAGCCGGCUCCGGCGCCGGUCGUGGCGCAGACGGCCGAGCCCGCCGAGCCGGAGCCGACCGCCGCCGCGCUGCCGGCGCUCGGCGACGGCGCCGCCACGUGCGCCGAGCGUCUGGAGCUGCUGGGAAUGCUGCUGGCCAGCCCAUGUCCGAGCUCGACCAUCACUGCGCCGCCGGAGCGGCUGCAGCUGCCGCUGCCGGCCGACGGCUUCAUGUGCGACCAGUGCGGCGACAGGUUCGUACUGCCGGGCAGUCUGGCGCAGCACCAGCAGCGGCGCUCGAUGCGAGUCACCCUCAACUGCCCCAUGUGCCAGGCGCUGGUGGUGUUCGACAACAAGUGCCAGCUGCUCGAGCACCUGGACGCACACAAGAUUGAUCCCGUCUCGAUCGACCCGGCUUUAAUAGACGCCUCAGCACUAAGUGCCGCCGAGCUGGGGAUCGUUCCGCCUACCCCAGCUGCUACCCCCGCUCCCGCCCCCGCCGCAGCCUCCCCCGGUGCAGCCAAACGGCCGGCCAAGGCGCAGGGCGUCAACAAAAUCGUCAGGCCGUCACCGAUGAGCUGCCCGAUGUGUAACCAGCUGUGCUCCACGCUGACGCUGGGGGAGCACCUGUGUCCCGAGCCGGAGGAUGAGCUCACACCGCUGCCGGCGCCGCCGCCGCGCUGCCCCGACUGUCAGCAGCCCUGCGCCACCGAGUGCUCCAUGAUGGCACACCAGGGCCUGCACAAGCCCGACCUGUGGCCCUACCCGUACGUGUGCCCCGAGUGCGGCGUCAAAAUACUCGGCACGCACGACCAGGCGCUGCAGCACGUGGUGGCCGGCUGUCUGCACAUGACGCGCGAUGUGAAGAUUUGCUGCUCCAUCUGCCGCGAGGAGCUGGAGGACGCCAAGACGCACAUGGUGCAGGCGCACGUGCAGAAGCUGUACAAGUGCCGCCGCUGUCCGCUGGCGUUCGAGUCCGCCAACGGGUUUAACUCGCACCUGCUGGAGAAACACGGUGGGGUACUGAUAGCUGGCGAGUCGCCGUUCAUGUCCAUCCUCAAGUGCCCGUUCUGUGCGGCUACUUUUAACAACGCCAACGCGCUCAAGGAGCACAUGGGCUCGCGGAAGCACGGCGAGCGAGUGCUACAACAGGUGAGCUUCGUGUUUCGCUGUCCCGAGUGCGAGCUUGACUUCUCGGUCAAGUCGGAGCUGGCGAAGCACCUUGCCAAGCAGCACCCUGACUUUAAGCCGGUGAGCAUGAUCCUCCCUCUGCGCUCGACGGAGCCGCCGCCGCCGCCGCCUCCGUCUCGCUUAAUGGGCCGGCCGCGAAACACCUCCGACACGCCUACUCGCUCUCAGCGCGGCCCGGUCGUCUACGCCUGCGGCAUCUGCCACACCGACUUCAAACGUAAACCCGACUACACCGAGCACGCGCGCAUGCACCUGCGCGACGGCGUGCCCAUCUGCCUGCUGUGCAACACACGCUUCGGCACCAUGCAGAUGCUCAAGAACCAUCUGAACGACCACGCGUCGGAGCCAGGCCGCGACAGGUGCGGCCUCUGCUACGCCAAGCUGAACACGGUGGCGUCUCUGCAGUACCAUCUGGAGGGGGAGCACGGCAUGCGCACGUUCGACUGUGUGCGCUGCAGCAUGUCCUUUGAGCGUCUGACGGACCUGAACCGACACAACUUCUCCGUCCACCGCAGCAGCGGCCGGGGCGUGCGGCGGACGGGCGCCAACCAGCCGGUGCCGACCCCGGCCGCGCUGGCUCAGGCGGCCGCCGCCACCCGCUCGCCGGCGCUCUCCGUCAAGCGCGCCCCGCCGGUGAAGGAUGAGAUGCCGGCGAAGCGGCGGCGCGCGCCGGCCGUCCAGGACGAGCCGGAGAUGCACCUUCAGUUGGAGGAGGAGGAGGAGGUAGACGAACCGCAGCCGCGCACUGACGGUGAGACACUGGAGGAGAUCGCCAACUUCGUGGCCGCCGGCGACGGCGAGCGGUCGGCGCAGUUUGUGGUUGAGGAGGAACCGGUGGCUGGGGAGACGGAGGAAGUGAUCGAGCUCGAGCUGAACGAGGGAGAGAUCACGGCUAAACAGGUGGACGCGUUCGGCGCGGAGACAGCGCUGCCGGCUACAGAGGAGGCUGAGUACAUCAUGCCGGACCUGGACGGCGCCGGCACACCGCAUCGGCCCAGCGAGACAGAAGAGAUGCUCGACAUCAAGCCCAACAUAGCGGCGGCGCAUGCGCAGUAGGCGCGCGACGGGAGUGUGAGGCAUAGUCUGAGGAGGGAGUACGCAGUGAGGGAGAGAAGGAUGUAGAAGAAUGUCCACGGGGGGAGAGAAGGAUGUCAGUUUUCAUCAUCCAACAUUUGCACAUAAUACUGGACUGGGAGUAGGGUAAUCCCCUACUAACGAUGUGUGUCUCGUCUGUUGUCCGAUUUCCGUGACUCUGUAGGCUACAGAGGUAGAACGGGUGCUUUAUGUGAACUAUCUGAGUUUGAGUUAACUGGAAACAGACCUUCGAAUUCCAUUACUAAACACUGCUUGAGUUGCCCUUGCUUGCUAGGGCGUGGAAGAUCGUGUUUUGCACACGCCGAACCGACCUAGCUCGGUGGACCGUGAGGACUUUGAUACUUUGUAAUGUUUUGCGCGCAAACGUCUGGUUUAGGCAGUGAUGCGGCCCUGUAAAGCUGCCGGAUGCAUCGUUUUUACACAUUUAUCUGCUGUGGUGAACUUCGUAUCAGCGAACAUUCGUCGGUCGCUUUCGCGUGAAUUGCUUUUUGGUGGAUGUUUGAAUGUAUGUAUUUGAAUCGGAUAUCAUAUUAAGACCUUCACUCGACCUUACACCGUCACUUUGUACACCCAUGGUACAAACCUGCCAUUUUCCACGGAAUACGUGAAUACAAAAUAAGGUACG